AAAAAAAGAAAGUGGAACGGUGACCUGGUAAUUCGGACACAGUUCCGUUUUAUUUUGCUUCCUAAUAUUUCAUCUCCGACCAGUUCCUCUAGGAUUUGAUUUUCUUAAUUCUUAGUUGAUUGCGAUGGAUUCGAGUUCGAGCCAGGAAUUCGAUUAUUUGUUUAAGUUGUUGAUGAUUGGGGACUCCGGUGUUGGCAAGAGUAGUCUCCUCCUCUGUUUCACCUCCGAUACCUUUGAAGAUCUCUCCCCUACAAUUGGUGUUGAUUUUAAGGUCAAAUAUGUGACUAUGGAUGGUAAAAAGCUGAAACUUGCCAUUUGGGAUACAGCUGGUCAGGAGAGAUUCAGAACAUUGACAAGUUCUUACUACCGAGGUGCGCAAGGGAUCAUCAUGGUUUAUGAUGUAACUCGGCGAGAAACAUUUACGAACCUCUCUGAAGUAUGGGCAAAGGAGAUAGACCUUUAUUCAACAAAUCAGGACUGCAUCAAGAUGCUUGUUGGAAACAAAGUGGAUAAGGAGGGUGAUAGAGUUGUGACAAAGAAAGAGGGAAUAGAGUUUGCCAGGGAAUAUGGUUGCCUAUUUAUUGAAUGCAGUGCUAAAACUCGAGUUAACGUACAACAAUGCUUUGAAGAGCUUGUUUUGAAGAUUCUGGACACACCUAGCCUCUUAGCCGAGGGCUCUAAGGGGGUUAAAAAGAACAUUUUUAAGGACAAGCCACCCCAGUCUGAUGCUGCCACAAGUAGUUGUUGCUGAUAUUGAAAGGCUAUUUCACUCCAAAAUUUACUGUCCACGAGAAAGGCGUUGAAUCCAUUUUCAGAAUCAGAGUUCUAACACAAGUUUAUUGGUUAUUUAGUAGCUGUCGAAGCCUUAAAGAAAAGUAUCUAGGUUCCUGUUUUGUCUUUAAUAUUAUAUGUAAUAUAUUGAUGAUGGUUAUCUGCAUUUUUCUUUGGUUAUUGUUUAUCGUUGAGUCACAUUUAAUGUCAUAUAAUAGACAUGCAAGAAUCUUGCAUAUCAUGUUAUGGAAACCAGUUCA